AUGGAACUAUCGCACAGCUUAACGCUUAACGAGGAUGCUCUCGCCCAGAUACCGGAACAGAAACGUCCGGUGUUUAUCUUCGAGUGGUUGCGCUUCCUCGAUAAGGUGCUGGUGGCGGCCCAGAAGUCUGACAUUAAGGGGUGCCAGAAGAAGCUAGUGGAGCAGCUGACGCAGCACAUUCAGGGUUCGCCUGGGCCGCCAACACGAAAGCUGAUCGCCCGAUGCCUGGCAACGCUCUUCUCUGUCGGUGACACGUUUCUGCUGUUCGAAACGGUUAACAAGUGCAACGACAUCCUGAAGAACAAGGAUGAUUCGCCCAGCUACCUACCGACGCGAUUGGCCGCGAUCUGCGUCGUCGGGUGCAUGUACGAAAAGCUGGGCCGCAUGAUGGGCCGUUCGUACGAGGAAACGGUCCAGAUACUGCUCAAGUCACUGAAGAAUGCCGAAUCGCAGUCCCGUAUUGAGAUUAUGAUCACGCUGGAGAAAGUUUGCGCCGGCAUGGGUUCGGCCAUCGUGAACGUGCAUAAGGACAUCUACAAAGCGGUGCGCUACUGUUUGACCGAUCGAGUGAUGGCCGUCAGGGUGGCCGCUUCCAACUGUUUGCUGGAGAUGACGAAACAUGCCCCGUUCCUGUACACGAGCGAGUUGGAAAGCCUGGCGUCUCUGUGUUUCCGAGCGUUCGACAGCUGCAACUACGAGGUUCGGUGCGCCGUGGCGAAGCUUCUGGGGACGUUGAUAGCCUGCACACAGAACGGAAGUUUGCGCAACUUCAGCAGCAUGACCGCUUCGGCGUCGAGUACGAAAUCGUUGCGACCGGUCUCGCUGGAUGAAGCGCUUGGUGUACUAAUGUCCGGCUUUUUGCGUGGCGGUGUGUCGUUUCUAAAAGGCACGGGAGAGAUUAUAAAAGGCAGUUCCGGGGUAAACCGUGAGGUGCGCGUCGGCGUAACGCACGCGUAUGUCGUGUUUGUGCAGACCAUGGGAGGGUUGUGGUUGGAGCGCAACCUACAACCGUUUCUGGUGCACGUGCUUGACCUGGUAGCGAACCCAAAGGCGGCCUCUUCGCACGUGGACGCGGUUUACUCGCGCAAAUGUAUCAACUUUAUCCUGCGCUCGGUGAUCGGUAAGAUGCUGGGCGAGAAAGCACAAUCGUCCGCCUGCAAAGAGCUGAUCCAUCUGAUCGCGAAGCAGAUGAACUCGAUCGACUUCAACCCGGAGAACGCAAAGGAUUCUAAUCAGGAGACGCUCUUCAGUCAGCAUCUGCUCGUGUGCGCGCUGCAAGAACUGGGCAGCUUGGUGCUACUGUUAGGCACCACGGCCCAGAAUUUGCUCGCCGAUCAGUCGCUCAACUUUAUUGACGCCAUCUGUGCCGUCCUCAUACAUCCGUGUAUGGCAGCACGGUUGGCGGCCGCAUGGUGUUUGCGGUGUGUUUGCGUGGCCGUCCCGGGUCAAAUUACGCCACUAAUCGAUCGGUUCAUCGAAGCAAUCGAGAAGAUGCGCACAUCGCCGGAUGCCAUUUCCGGGUACAGCGGCGCGCUGGCCGCGGUACUUGGUGGAGUGCGCCAUUCACCGCUGGGGAUACCGCAUACGCGGGGAAAGAUCAUCUUCAACACGGCGGAGGAACUGCUACGAACGGCGAGUCAAAAUAGUCGACUGUCGUUGAAUCGGACACAGGCCGGAUGGCUGCUGAUUGGUGCAAUAAUGACGCUCGGAGUGCCGGUGGUGAAGGGUUUACUGCCGCGGAUGUUGCUACUGUGGCGCAACGCUUUCCCGCGCUCGACCAAGGAACUGGAAUCGGAGAAGGCACGCGGCGAUGCGUUUACGUGGCAGGUUACGCUGGAGGGUCGAGCCGGUGCCUUGUCUGUGAUGCACAGUUUUUUGCUUCACUGUCCCGAGCUGGUAACCGACGACAUAACGCGGCGUCUUCUGACACCUAUCGAAAGCGCUCUAGCCAUGCUUAUCAACAUAACGUCGGUGUUAAAAAAUUACGGGCAACAUUUGAAGGCACCGACGGCAAUGGUACGCUUGCGGCUCUACGAAACUCUUGCCCUGCUACCGGCAAACGCCCUCGAAUCGUCCUAUACACAUCUGUUGCGCAUGCUAGUGUCGGAGUUUACCCUAACGGAGAAUCCGGCCAAUACCACCACUUCGUACCUCCGGCAGAUGUGCCACGGUAAUGAUUCGAUCAUUCUGGGAACCUGGCUGCAGGACACCGAUCAUCGCACGAUCGAAGAUCAGAUGGAACCGAACCGUAAGGCGGACGGUGACUACUUGCAACCCAACAGUGCGGCCGGUUCCGGAGCCCUUGAGCACGACGCUUGCUGCCUGUACCGUGCGAUCGCGGCCACUGAACAGUGCCCGGGUCCACUACCACUCGGGGUGGCCGUCAUCGAUAUGUCUGUGACGCUGUUCGGGUUGAUCUUCCCGAAGGUGGCCAACAAGCACCGACUGCAGAUGCUGGAACACUUUGGGGAGUGCAUUAAGCACGCGAAAAGCUCUCGACAGGAGGCGGUACAGAUGAACAUCUUCACAGCGCUGCUGAGCGGCCUGAAGGGACUGACCGAAACGAAGGCCGCCAUCGGGCAGGACGAUGUCCGGAAGAGUGCCACGAACCUCAUCCUCGGUGCGCUGACCAGUACGAAUCCGAUCUUGCGCUGUGCGGCGGGCGAAGCACUUGGACGGAUCGCGCAGGUGGUCGGUGAUUCGCGAAUCACGGCCGAACUGGCACAGACCAGUUUCGAUCGGUUGAAAUCGGCGCGCGAUGUUGUUACACGAACCGGUCACUCGUUGGCGCUCGGCUGCCUGCAUCGUUACGUUGGUGGCAUGGGCUCGUCGCAGCAUCUGAACACGAGCGUGUCGAUUCUGCUCGCCCUGGCCCAGGAUGGCAGUUCGCCCGUGGUGCAGGUGUGGUCACUGUACGCCCUUUCGCUGAUUGCCGACUCCGGUGGGCCAAUGUUCCGCGGUUACGUAGAGCCCACGCUUUCGCUGGCGCUGAAGCUUCUGCUGACCGUUCCUCAGUCGUACGUGGACGUCCACCAGUGCGUUGGGCGCGUGCUGAGUGCACUGAUCACGACGAUCGGUCCCGAACUGCAGGGCAACUCGACGUCCGUCUGCACUGCCCGUUCGUCGUUUCUCUGUGCGGCCGCAAUCAUGCAGGCGCACUCGGAUCCGCUGGUGCAAGCGGAAGCUACCGGGUGUCUCCAGCAGUUGCAUCUAUUCGCACCGCGUCACGUCAACCUGUCGACACUCGUUCCUAAUCUGUGCCAGAAUUUGAGCAGUAACUAUCUGAUGCUCCGGAAGGCGGCCGUUUCCUGUCUGCGUCAGCUGACGACGCGCGAAGCAAAGGAAGUUUGCGAGCAUGCGGCCAAUCUGGUGAGCGACGAGGACCGGUACGCGCUCUCCGAUUACGGGCUGCCGGGUGUACUGUUCGGCAUGCUGGACACCGAGAGCGACAGUGAGAUGAUUCGUAACAUUCACGACACGAUCACCUCGAUGCUGCAGAUCCUGGCGGCCGACAAUCUGUCCCAGUGGUUGAGUAUGUGCAAGAACGUGCUGACCGUGGCGUCCGACUCUGGUGGAAAGGAAGGGAAAGUGGAUGCGAGUGUGGCCGCGACGGGUGCUUCUGGCGAUGGUGGCGAUCACGAAGACGACACCGACGAUGACGAUGACGAUGAUGACAAUAUCGAGUUUCACGCCGAGGAUCAUCAAGCGACGCACCCGGCCGUACAGCCACGCUGGCCGACCCGAGUGUUUGCGGCCGAGUGCGUGAGGAAGGUGAUCGCUAGCUGUGAGAGUGCCGGGGCGAAUCACUUCGAUCUGGUCAGUGCCAAGGAGCAGCAGAUGACGAAAUCACGGGGCGAUUUUCUCGUGCUGCACCUUUCCGAUCUGAUCCGGAUGGCGUUUAUGGCGGCGACCAGCGACUCGGACCAGUUGCGGUUGGAGGGUCUUAAGACGCUCCAGGAAGUGAUCGACAAGUUCGCACACGUCCCGGAGCCCGAAUUUCCGGGCCACCUGCUGUUGGAGCAGUUUCAAGCGCAGGUUGGUGCAGCACUGCGGCCCGCCUUCUCGCAGGACACCCCGUCGCACGUGACGGCGGCCGCGUGUGAGGUGUGCAGCGCGUGGAUCGGUUCCGGAGUGGCACGCGAUCUGAACGAUUUGCGGCGCGUACACCAGCUGCUCGUGUCGAAUCUGAGCAAAUUGAACAGCCGCACCAACAGCACGCAGCUGUACAACGAAAGCAUGGCCACGCUCGAGAAGCUGAGCAUCCUGAAGGCCUGGGGCCAGGUGUACAUUAUGGCCAUGAUCGGCCACGGCGAAGCGCCAGCCAGUCAGAUGCUGAAGACGCUCUGCUCGGCGGCGGUCCUUCCGGCGGCGGCGGCCGUCACGAGCGAAUUCAAUCGCCUCACGUUCGACGACGAGUUUGGAGACUUUGAAAGCCGCGGAGAAAGCUUGCUGUCGCUGGUGCAACCGGAGCUUGAGAACCUGUCCAAGCAUUGGUUGGCCGCUCUGAAGGACUACGCGUUGCUGUCGCUGCCGGCCGAGUACGCUAGCCAGUUGCCGCACGACGGUGGAGCAUUCUACACGAACGACACGAUGAACUUGUCGAAGCCGCACUACCUGAUUUCCUGGCCCGCCAUUCUGUACGCGGCCGCCCUCUGGCUGAAGGCGGAAGGUUUCGCGCAAAGCGAACAGAAACUGUCUGCGGAGCAGGCGGACGAUAGGGCCAACGCAAACGAGAUAUCGCACGGUAGCCUGAGUGCCGAUCGGUUCCAUCUGAUCUUUGGCAUUUGUAUGGAGGCGUUGUGUAGUACCCGAACGAACGAGAAGCUCGACUGUGUGAUCGCCUGUCUGCAGUCGCUGUACACAAUCUUCGACUCGACCUGGUCCCGGGCCGUGCUGAUGCGCAACGAGACGCUUCCCGUGGAACUGUGCAACGUGCUGCAUCGCCUCAUCCUAACGCGCGACAGUGCCGAAGUGCAGUUCCUGUGUAUAGCGAUCCUCAAGCAGACGAUCACGGCCGCCAACGAAUGUUUGGACGCGGAAAAGCAGGAAGCAAGAACAAUGGCCGCCAAUGGUGGCGCGGACGAUGGCACGGAAAGUGAAAAUGGUAACCAUCGAGGGGGAGAUGAGGGCGAGAUACUGCCCGGGAAAUCGUUGGUCUAUGCCGUGCUGGAAGUGGUGCUGUGCCUGUUGGCACGUCAAAUUCCGGCCAUGAAUCCCUCGCAAAGUACGCGUGUGGCCAACGAGCAGUUGCAGCUCAAAAUGGCCCUAGCCCAGCACGGCCUGAUCAAGCUGAGCGACGACAGUAGUCUGCUGGUAGCGAACGCUCUGCAAAGCUUGAACGAGCUCACGAAGCUCUGUUCACCGCUCGGUGCACUCUCGAUCCUGCCGACGGUGCUGUACCUAACCACCGGUGUCAUCAAGGAAGUGGCCACAAAGUCGGUCCACGAUGAGUCAAUUAUUGCCGGCACGGCGGUGGUGCAAGCUGCGCUGCAGCUGCUGAAAACUAUGGCCACCGAUCGGUACGCGCAACACGCACAAUCUGCCGACGAGUGGCGCAAGCUGCUUCAAAGCGCACUCGGGCGUAUCAUCGAUCUCACCAAGACCGGGUGCGAGGAGACGAAACUGGACGAAGUGACGGUGAUGCUGGCGAUCGCCGUCUUCCUGCUACACUCACCGGCAGCCGUCGUUUCGGUCCCCAAUCUGCAGUAUCCGUGCAUCAACCACUUCCGGCAGUGCUUCCAAAGUGGCUUACCGGCGGUGCGGCUAAAGUGCAUCCAAACGAUCCGCUCACUCUUUGCCAACUGCGAACUGAAGGUCUCCACACCGUACAUCCAUGCCCUGGCCCCGCGCCUGAUCGAACAGCUUUACUCGGAGCAGAGCCGCAAUCCAACCAACGAGCAUGAACUGGCGCUGGUGCUGGAGGGCAUCACAACGGUCGAAACGCUGAUCGCGCUUGCUGAACCACAGAACCACGAGUUAAUGCAAGGGAUACAAAUGCUGACGCUGUUGGUACCGAUCCUCAUCAACUAUCUGGACGAUCAGGACAAGCUACAGAGCGUUCAGCAGCAGCAGCAGCGUACCAAAUCGAAGUACGUGGCCGCUUUGAACGAUCACGCCAUCCAGUGGCUGAUGAAGAUCGGUCCAAAGUAUCCGCAAGAGUUCAAAACGCUCAUGGCGCAGGCACCGGAACUACGGCGAAAACUUGAGGCGGCCAUCAAGCGCAAUCAGUUGAAUGCGUCGCUACAGAAGAGCAAGAGUGAGGCAGCGAAUGCGGCGGCCCGGAACAGUGCCGCCCAGCAGCAGAAGCCUACGAUACAGCUGAAAACGGAUUUCAGUAACUUCAACCUUGCCUCCUAGGGCGUGUUCGUGCUCUCUUCCUCUCUUUCUCUCUCUCUCUUUCUGACCCUUCGAGUCCCUAUAUUCGCUGUGCAUUAGGACAUUGUAUUAUUUAUGUAACCAUACGCUCCACCACACGUUUCCGCGCGGGUUUCACCCAAGCGGCCAACUGCGCAUUGAUGUUAGAGAUCACCCGAUCACUCUCGGGUGCACUUCCUUCCUAAAUGAAUUUCCUUCCCCUCCACAAUGAU